AGGGACGGUAUAUUGACUAGAUACUCGACCGGUGUUCAUUCCAGGACAUGCAGCUUCCUACCAAGAUGAAGCCGUUUCUUUACAUUCGUCUUUUUCUGGUGUUUGUAUCGACUGCGUCUACUGAAAGUUCUAAUCUAGCCUAUCCGGACAUCAUUGAGGAAGAUAUUGUUGGCAUGCCACAGAUUAUAGCAGCCCCACUGCCAGGUGAUAUCAGCCCGCAAAGAUUCGAGUACUCGGUUUUCAUUGAUUGCAUGCAGGAGUAUGGUAAAAAAGUGGUGGCGUUAGACAAGGCAAAAAACCUGUUUAAAAACUGCGGAAGCCUAGAAUGCCUGGAUUCCAAGGGUACCUUUUACAAGUUUUGUGCCCUUUACAGCUACAGCAUUGAUCAUUCACAUGAAACUAUUUCUCAAAAUUUCUUUUCAAACAAGGAUGCGUUUUUUAAGUGCCUAUAUCCAAAUACGCAAUUGCUUCAAAAACGGCAAGAAAACGAAUUGCUGUUCCUGAUCAACGCUUACACCAUGUCUAUCUUCUUCUGCAAGGAAGAUUACAGCUGUCUGCGUGAAGUCUUCAGCAAUAUUGGUCAAGCUCGUUUCAACGGUUGCUGGCUAGAUUGCUUUGGUGGUUCCUGUACGUCUCAUGGGGGAAUAUGUGUACGGAAGAAGAAGGGCUGUCGUAAGGCAUAUCCAAAGGCAAAUGGAUGUGGUAGUAAUUUCUGCUGCAGAGUUGAGUUUAACCAUCAAUGCAAGUGCCAUUACGGCGGAGUAUCGGAAUCCGGUAACGUCAGCAUAACGGUGACCGACUGGUGCAUCCCAUGGGAGAAAUGCGUGAGCAGGUUUAACAAAUACCAACAGGUGCAAUAGGUAUGCAUGAUUGAAAGGAUGCCCCAGUGUCGCCCAUCAAAUACAGCAUUAUCUUAUUCGUACGCGAUUUUGCUCGUGCAUAUUGCUAAUCAAGGUGAUUACUUAAGGCAGGCAGCAGGAGUAACAGCGUAUUAUGUAAUCAAACGUCAUAUUUUCCAUUCGCCAGAUUGACUGCGCACGACAAUCACAACUAGUCAUGGAUGAGCAAACUUGCAUGCGAAUAAAAUAAUUUUGUCUUUUAUCGGAAACCGUGGUAGCGGAAUAUAAUAUAACUGACAAUAAAAGGGGCGCUGGCACGCAAAUACUGCAAAUAUCGAUGGUUAUACGACUGCAGCGCGCUGUUCGAAAACACCAAAAAGCGGUCAUUGUUGGUAGCGUGUGAUCAUGACUUCACCUUGGCACUAGAAAAGAACAUUUCAGGAAUCGCCUUUACAGUUAUGACGUUGUGUGAAACUAUUUGUCAGCAUUGUUCUAAAAAUCACGAGGAGA